AUGUCUGACUCCAAAUUUCGUCCGCCUAGCGAGGGCUCGUCCGGCUCCCGCAACGUCGUCGACCACAAUGCCCCUAAUGUGACGGACGAGCCUCCCGCGGUGGCGCGGAGGCCGCAGUCAGCGGACGCCCAUGUUAUCAAGGUUCAGCCGCUCAAACGCGCCGAGAUGCAGCCAUCGUAUGCGCAGGAUUUGGGAACUGGAGAGGUUACACAUGGUGUCUACGGCUCCUUGCUGCAAGUGUUGGGCUCGUGCAUCGGGUUCUGCGGUGCCAUCCCGUGCUGCCCGGUUCCCAACCCGUUCCACAACGUCCAACAAGGUUCGGUUGGGCUCGUCGCACGCUUCGGUAAAUUCUACAAGAGCGUCGACCCAGGGCUCGUGCAAGUGAAUGUCUGCACCGAGUCUCUACGCAUCGUCGACGUCAAAAUUCAAAUCAGCGCCAUUGGUAGGCAGAAGGUCAUCACGCGCGACAACGUCGACGUCGAGAUCGACUCUGUCAUCUACUUCCAGAUCACGAACCCCUACCGUGCGGCGUUCAACAUCACCGACCUGCGCCAGGCGCUCAUAGAGCGGGCGCAGACGACGCUGCGGCACGUCGUGGGCGCGCGGGCGGUGCAGAGUGUCAUCGCAGAGCGCGAGGCGAUCGCGUAUGAGAUCGCCGAGAUCGUGGGGGACGUCGCGGACAAGUGGGGCGUGGCCAUCGAGGGCAUCCUCAUCAAGGACAUCAUCUUCUCCGCCGAGAUCUCCGCGUCGCUCUCGUCCGCGGCGCAGCAGAAGCGCAUCGGAGAGAGCAAGGUCAUCGCCGCGCGCGCAGAGGUCGACGCGGCGCGCCUCAUGCGCCAGGCCGCGGACAUCCUCGCGAGCCCGGCUGCGAUGCAGAUCCGCCAGCUCGAGGCGCUGCAGACGAUGGCGAAGACGGCGAAUAGCAAGGUCGUGUUUGUGCCGAUGCAGUUGCAGAGCGACGUCGCUGGCCAGCUCGCGCAGGGCUCUGGCUUGUCGUCGGCGCAUCUCCAGGAGGCGACCGGCGAGGAGGGCUCGGUCGGCCGCGUAGCGCUGAUGAACAGCAUCGCGAACGUGUAG